AUGCCAACGACACCCAUCCACAGUCACACUCACGCGCAUGGCCAUGGGCAUGGGCGCGCCAAGGUGCAUGGCUCUCUCUCUGGGCUCUCCCCUGGUCUCUCCCUGCUGAUGCUGUGCGAUGGUACCAGCAGAGUGUUGCGGAUCUGGGGGAUACUUUUGGCUUGGACUGGCAUCCGGGCGGCGGACAUAGUGGCGAUAGCAUUGGUGUACUUUGUGCAGGGCGUGCUGGGGCUUGCACGCCUUGCUGUCAGCUUCUUUCUCAAGGACGAGUUUGGACUCGACCCCGCUGAGACGGCGCUUCUGUCGGGGUUCUCCACACUGCCAUGGCUCAUCAAGCCCCUCUAUGGCUUCCUAAGUGACGGCUUCCCUCUGUUUGGCUCGCGCCGCCGCUCCUACCUCAUUCUCUGUGGCUUCGUGGGUGCCUCGGCAUGGGCCCUCCUCGCCACAAUAGUCCACGACAAGUACUCCACAGUCGCCAUGAUCCUGCUCUCUUCGCUCUCAGUCGCUGUGUCUGAUGUGGUGGUGGAUUCGCUGGUGGUGGAGCGAGCCAGGGGCGAGGACCAGAGCAUGGCUGGCUCGCUGCAGUCGCUCUGCUGGGGGUCCAGUGCGGUUGGAGGGAUUGUGAGCGCGUACUGGAGCGGUAGCCUGGUGGAGUUGUACGGCACGAGGUUUGUGUUUGCCGUGACCGCUGUUCUUCCGCUCAUCACAUCUAUAGCGGGGAUAUUCACAAAAUCAUCCUUCUCUCUCUCUCCUCCCCCAACCUGGCCCACACGCAUCAUCAUCACCAGCACGAACAAGCUGGGCUUCGGACCAGAGUUCCUAGGGCGGGUGCGGCUGGUGACAUCAGUGGCGUCGCUUCUUGAGGUGUCUCAGAAAUCAUCCUUCUCUCUCUCUCCUCCCCCAACCUGGCCCACACGCAUCAUCAUCACCAGCACGAACAAGCUGGGCUUCGGACCAGAGUUCCUAGGGCGGGUGCGGCUGGUGACAUCAGUGGCAUCGCUGGUGGGCGUGGGCGUGUACAACUUUUGGCUCAAGCACGUGCCGCUGCACCGCAUCUUCCUCUGGAUCAACCUGCUCGGCACUGCCCUCGGCUGCACGCAGGUGCGCGUGCUAGUGCUGGGUCUGGGGGUUAUGGGAGGAGGGGAGUGGGGAUUGGGAGGGGGGAAGCGGGAGGGUAGUGUGGGUGUGGGAAGGCUGGUGGGGAGGUGGGAGGGGAGUGGGGGACAGGUGAGGUGGGUAGCAGAGGGGUUUGAGGGGGGUGAGGAGUUGCUGCUCGUGACAGGGGUGAAUCGCACGCUGGGCAUUAGCGACCACUACUUUGCGUUGGGAGACAGCCUCAUCCUCACUGUCCUCGGCCAGGUCUCCUUCAUGCCCAUCCUUGUGCUUGCGGCUCGCCUCUGCCCUCCCGGAAUCGAGGCCACCUUGUUUGCCACCUUGAUGUCAGUCAACAAUGGCGCGUAUGUUGUGAGCGGGUUACUUGGGGCUGCUCUCACGGAGGUGCUUGGAGUCACAAGCACGAAUUUCGAUAACCUUGCCUUGCUUGUGUUAAUUUGUAAUCUCUCGUCUCUGCUUGCGUUGCCGUUCCUGCGCUUGCUUCCCUCGUUGGAAGAGGUGGAGGCGGCGGUGGCAAGGCUUCAAGAGGAUAUUGAAGCAGGGAAAGAAGCAUGA